AUGGUAGCUGAACACAUUACCAUCCGCAACAACACCAGCACUCCAAUCACCUUGAAGCGCAUUGAGCGCUUCAAACCCGCACAGCAAAAGCGCGAUGAUAUUAGCACUCUGGCCACGAACUUCACUCGGCUUAUGACAAACCACACCCGUGUCGAGACGCCUAUCGAAGCCCUAAGUGCUGACAGCCAGCCAUUCGACGAGAUCAAAGACAUCGAUGUUCGCAUUGAGCCCUUCAGCACCAAAAAGACCGAGCGCCGCGCCUUUAAGGACAAUGAUAACGAGCGCAUGCGUAUCACCUUCGAGAUCGGAGGCGAGCAGCACCAGAUCCAAACCCCAGUCCCGACGACCGAGUCAGCCACAAUGAAGGCCCUGACCGAGCACCCCAAAUUCCGCUUCACGGGGAUCUAUAAUAGGGCCGAGUCUUUCUUGACCAUCUUCUCGUCCUCCAACCUGCACGCCUGGAUGCACGAGCUACGCGAUGACACCCUGCUCUCUUCGCUCUCAAUCCCUGGGACCCACAACUCGCCCACAUGCCAUGUGGCCCCGCCCUCGGUGCGCUGUCAAGCCGUCAGCCCCCGCGAGCAACUGAAGAACGGCGUGCGCUUCUUCGAUAUCCGUGUGCAGCCCCAGUACCCCAAUGAUGCCAGCAGAGACGAAUUGAUCCUCGUCCACAGCGUCUUCCCGAUCUCGCUCACCGGCAAUAAGUACUUCCGCGACCUGAUAAAGGAGGUUAACGAGUUCCUCGAUGCGAACCCAUCGGAGACCCUGAUCAUUUCGCUGAAGCGCGAAGGCGCCGGCGACGCCAAGGACGAGCAACUAGCCCGGAUCCUGAAAGAUCACUACGCGAAGGACGGCGGGCGCUGGUGGGUACGCCCCAAGAUCCCUACCUUGGGUGAAGCACGCGGCAAGAUCAUCCUACUGCGCCGAUUCAAUCUGCCAGAGGACCUGCAGAAAGAGCACGGCGGGUUCGGCUGGGGGCUCGAUGGAUCUUCGUGGGCGGAUAACACGCCGAAUGCGACUUGUUCCAGCGGUCAUCUGUGUAUCCAGGACUUUUACGAGGUGCAAGAGACUACUAAUAUCGAGAAGAAGAUCCAGUAUGUCAAGGAGCAGAUUGAUCGGGCUGCAAAGGCGCAGUAUCCGUUUGGGGUGUUGGAGAAUGGAGUUGAGGCGAAGAAGUAUCCCUUCUUCAUCAACUUCUUGAGCGCGAGUAACUUCUGGAGGACUGAUACUUGGCCUGAGAAGAUUGCGGCGAAAUUGAACCCUGCGGCAACGGAUUAUAUUUGCCGGCGCCAUAGGGAUGGCGAUGGGGAUUGUGGAACGGGUAUCCUGGUCACGGACUGGGUUGGUCUGGACGGCAAUUGGGAUCUUGCCCGAGCUAUCGUGGGAAUGAAUGGCAAGUUGCGCAUGCGAGAGAAUUGA